AUCAUGUUCUACCAAGAAGACCUGGAGCAGUGUGGUCUUGAUGUCACAGAGGCCUCGGUGUUAUCAGGAGUUUGUACAGAGAUCUUCAAAAGAGAGAGUCAUCAACAAACUGAAGGAGAUGAACAGUGGUGAUAUCUCUCCUGACAGAAGCAUCAACAUCUUCCACUGUCUGAUGGAGAUGAACGACCGCUCAGUACAUCAGGAGAUCCAAGAGUUCCUGAAGUCAGAGAACAGAUCAGAGAAGGAACUCUCUGAGAUCCACUGCUCAGCUCUGGCCUACAUGCUGCAGAUGUCAGAGGAGGUUCUGGAUGAGUUUAACCUGGAGAAGUACAACACAUCAGAGGAGGGACGACGGAGACUGAUCCCAGCUGUGAGGAACUGCAGAAAGGCUCGACUGUCUGGCUGUGGACUCUCAGAGACUCACUGUGAAGCUUUGGCCUCAGCUCUGAAGUCCAACCCUCAUCUGACAGAUCUGAACCUGAGUGGAAACAAACUGUCUGAUUCAUCAGUGGAGCGUCUGUCUGCUGGACUGGAGAGUCCAAACUGUAGACUGGAGACUCUGAUAUUGGAGAGAUGCAGUUUGUCAAAGAUCAGCUGUGGUUAUCUGGCCUCAGCUCUGAAGGACAACCCCUCCCAUCUGAGAGAGCUGGAUCUGGGCUGGACCUACCUGGAGAAUUCAGACGUGAAGCAGCUGUUUGGUUUUCUGAAGAGUCCACACUGCAAACUGGAGACUCUGAGAUUGUGGCGCUGCAGUCUGUCGAAGCUCAGCUGUGAUUAUCUGGCCUCAGCUCUGAAGUGCAACCCCUCCCAUCUGAGAGAGCUGGAUCUGAGAUUAAACUACCUGAAGGAUUCAGACGUGAAGCAGCUGAUUGAUCUUCAGCAGAGUCCAGACUGCAGACUGGAGACUCUGGAAUUGUGUGUCUGCAGUUUGUCAGAGAUCAGCUGUGAUUAUCUGGCCUCAGCUCUGAAGGCCAACCCCUCCCAUUUGAGAGAUCUGGAUCUGUGUGGAAACAACCUGCAGGAAUCAGACGUGAAGCAGCUGAUUGAUCUUCAGCAGAGUCCAGACUGCAGACUGAAGACUCUGAGAUGGAGGGUACUGGAUUGAUCUCUGUCAGAGUGAGAGAGAACAUCCAGGAGUGUUGAGAGAGGAUCAGCUGGAUCCUGAUGAUCCAUCUGGAGUCUGGAUCUGGAUUUUGUCGUCUUCACUUAAGUCUCUUAACUGACUCCAAACUGAACAGUUAUCUCUGGAUUUAGCUGAAGUCAGCACUUUACAGAUGUUUUCUACAUGAGCUGU